GCUUCGUCAGCGAGUUUACUUGGGAGGACAUCGAAGAAAAGAAGACUUGACAAAUAGUAGCCAUGCGUCAAAAAACGAGAUGGGGAACCGCCAUAUUUGUAACCCUGUUAGUGCUUGCAGGGACCCACGGAGCCUACGCACAGUCUGAUGAGAUGUCAGAAGAACAACUCUUGGCCAGUAUCCAGCAGGUCCUGGAGAAAAUCAGCAACUCCCUUAACGAACUCAUGACUAUAGUUCAGCCCACAACUACUGCUAGUCCUGCUACUACUUAUUCCCCGGCCUCAAGCAGUCUCGAUCCCACUUCCAUGACAACCCAUGAUCUCGUGACGACUCCCGUUGUAACUACCACUUCUAGUUUUGCCUCCACUGUCGUAACGUCGACAGGGUCUGGUACCAGUGGCAGUUCAGAUCCAGUGGAUACUACCACUAGUGCUACCACUGCCAUUUCUCCGACCACUACUCUAUCCACCAUUAGCUCUUCUGCAAGCACAACCGCUUCUUCAGCCACUGCUAGCACGCCAACCAGCACAACCACUUCUCCACCCACUACUAGCACAACCACUUCCCCGUCCACUACUAGCACAACCACUUCUCCAUCCACUACUAGCACAACCACUGCCCCGUCCACCACUAGCACUUCAACUAGCACAACCACUUCUCCAUCCACUACUAGCACAACCACUGCCCCGUCCACCACUAGCACUUCAACUAGCACAACCACUUCUCCAUCCACUACUAGCACAACCACUUCUCCAUCCACUACUAGCACAAACACUGCCCCGUCCACCACUAGCACUUCAACUAGCACAACCACUUCCCCGUCCACUACUAGCACAACCACUUCUCCAUCCACUACUAGCACAACCGCUGCCCCGUCCACCACUAGCACUUCAACUAGCACAACCACUUCACCGUCCACUACUAGCACAACCACUUCCCCGCCCACUACUAGCACAACCACUUCCCCGCCCACUACUAGCACAACCACGUCCCCGUCCACUACUAGCACAACCACUUCCCCGCCCACUACUAGCACAACCACUCCCCCGCCCACUACUAGCACAACCACUUCCCCGCCCACUACUAGCACAACCACUUCCCCGCCCACUACUAGCACAACCACUUCCCCGCCCACUACUAGCACAACCACUUCCCCGCCCACUACUAGCACAACCACUCCCCCGCCCACUACUAGCACAACCACUUCCCCGUCCACUACUAGCACAACCACUUCCCCGCCCACUACUAGCACAACCACUUCCCCGUCCACUACUAGCACAACCACUUCCCCGCCCACUACUAGCACAACCACUUCCCCGCCCACUACUAGCACAACCACUUCCCCGCCCACUACUAGCACAACCCCUUCCCCGUCCACUACUAGCACAACCACUUCCCCGUCCACUACUAGCACAACCCCUUCCCCGUCCACUACUAGCACAACCACUUCCCCGUCCACUACUAGCACAACCACUUCCCAGCCCACUACUAGCACAACCACUUCCCCGCCCACUACUAGCACAACCACUUCCCCGUCCACUACUAGCACAACCACUUCCCCGUCCACUACUAGCACAACCCCUUCCCCGUCCACUACUAGCACCACCAUUUCCCAGACCACUACUAGCACAACCACUUCCCCGUCCACUACUAGCACUUCAACUAGCACAACCACUUCUCCAUCCACUACUAGCACUUCAACUAGCACAACCACUUCUCCAUCCACUACUAGCACAACCACUGCCCCGUCCACCACUAGCACUUUAACUAGCACAACCACUUCUCCAUCCACUACUAGCACAACCACUGCCCCGUCCACCACUAGCACUUCAACUAGCACAACCACUUCCCCGUCCACUACUAGCACAACCACUUCUCCAUCCACUACUAGCACAACCACUGCCCCGUCCACCACUAGCACUUCAACUAGCACAACCACUUCUCCAUCCACUACUAGCACAACCACUUCUCCACCCACUACUAGCACAACCACUUCCCCGUCCACCACUAGCACUUCUACUAGCUCAACAUCCAAAGCCUUCUACCCCCUAGCAGCUGACCGUCAGGCCGCUGAUGACCUCUGCACCCCGACGACCGACCCGGAUGACCUUUGCCUUCGCCUCCAGGCAGUCCUCGAGAGCAUUGAGACCUCAACGACGGAGAUCUCUGAAGGGAACGUGACUCAGCAGAUCUUUGAGAGUCUCGAGCAGGAUUCCGAAACGCUGGAGGGUGUGGUCGAGGAUGCUGGGCAAGAUGACGAUUUCCUGUUUAACGAGGACGCGCUGGUAAAUAAGAUCAAGGAGGUAGAGGAGGCCACAGACAAUGCCUAUCAGUACACAAAAAACAAGCUGGAAGAACUACAAGAAGAUUACACCCUCGUGAUUGUGUUAGGUGUCCUGGGUUCCCUUUUGGUUCUCUGCCUGCUCAUCGCCAUGGGUUUCGUUCUCUACCGAAGGACCCGUAUGAAGAAGACAUAUAAUCAGGUAAUUGGCGAAGAGAUACCUGUAAAGAAUUUCCUUGUCAGCGGCCAAGAUAACGAUGGUUACCAGCACAAUGAGCUUACCGCACGCCCGCCGUCCACUGUCCCCCGCCCACGCACCCAUCGAGAUGAGAAGGAUAUUUCCACGCCUUACAAGGACCCCCGCCCUGAAUCCUCCCGCCCCGCCCUCUCAAACCCGCACAGGCAACGCCCAUACACCAGCGAGAGGCCAAACGCUAGUCUCGACAGGCAUUCACAUUACCUGCCCUCCUACGCCACUUCCGAAGCAAGCCUAGACAGAAACGCACGACGUCCGUACACCAGCCCUGACCGCCCUUACACCAGCCCUGACAAGUACGGCCGCCAGCCCCCUGUUCACAGAGGGUACGACUCGAGUCCUGACAGGUACGGGAGGCGGAAGAACGACCCCAUGAGAAGAGACGAAGACAGGUACGACCCUUACUCACUCGACCGCCCUGGUGUCCAGAAGAAGACUUACGUGGGAAAACUGCGGAGAAUUGAAGCUUGAUGCAUGCAAAUAAAAUUCGUGUUAAAAAAAAAUCGACAACGUAUUUGUAAUAGUUACAGGAUAUGUAUGAAUUCCUUCAUCAUAACUAUUAUAUUUGUCUAGUUUAUGCACAUGUAUAAUAUACACAUUCUCUC